GCCCAACUCGGGCAAACACACAUUCGCAAGACUCGCCAAGCGCUACUUUGCCGCUGUCCCGAAAUCCUCCGUCUCCUUCCUUGCCAUCGCGGCCUUCGCCUCGCAUCCUCCCCGAAUCCAACCUUCACUCCCUCGAUCUCCCCCCUCGGCAUGGCGUCCGAUAAAGAGCGCAUAGCCGCCCUCUUCUCCAUGUACAACGACGACGAGGAAGAGGAGGAUGACGCCGACGAGCCCAACCCCCCUUCCCCCGCGCCGCCCGCCGCCGCCGCGGCCCCCGCCGUCACCUCCUCGUCGCCGCUGCCCUCUCAAGCCGGGGGUGAGGACCCCAACCCUUCCCUGGCGCCUCUGUCGCCUCCCUUGCCCGAGGAGUCGGCCGGCCGCAAAACCCUAGCGAGCCCCCACCCGUCCCCGGCGCGGGGGCAGCUUCCGCCGCUGCCCUCGCGGCGCUCUUCGUCGCCCUUUGCUGUCUCGCCCCCCUCCCCGCUGCGGGGCCCAUCCUCCGCCCCGCCGCCCGACCUGCCGCGCCCGCCGCGGCGCGGGGCGCUUGCAAUCGUGGACUAUGGGCACGACGAGAUGGCCAUGUCGCCCGAGCAGGAGGAUGGGGAGAUCAUGAGCGGCGUGCACAGAUUUGGCUCAGAUGCUCAGUCUGCUGAGGGGAAUCUUGAAGAACGGACUCUCUCAGGUAUGGUUCAUAUUAUGCCCUCAAAUACCGAAGCAGAAAUGCCUCAGCAUCCUGAUGCGCCUGAGCAGAACCAAGUAGGGACAGACAUGGAUGUGGAUGUAACUAGACCAGAAAUUGAAGAUGCCCAGGUGGAGGAAACUACUGAUGUUUCAACUAAUGGUGAAAAUGAUGAUCCAUUGAGUCGUUUCCUUCCUCCACCCGCGACUGCAAAGUGCUCUGCAGCAUUACAGCAAAAAAUUAACAGGUUCCUUGUGUACAAAAGAGCCGGAAAGAGUUUUAAUGCUGAAGUGCGCAACAGGAAGGAUUACAGAAAUCCUGACUUCUUGCAGCAUGCUGUGCGGUAUCAAGAAAUCGAUCAGAUAGGGACCUGUUUCAGUAAGGAUGUUUUUGAUCCUUACGGGUAUGACAAAGCCGACUACUAUGAUGAGAUAGAAGCUGACAUGAAGCGAGAACUUGAGAGGAAGGAACAGGAGAGGAAAAAAAGCCCAAAAGUUGAAUUUAUUGCUGCAGGAGUGCAACCUCCGAUUACUGCAUCAAUACCGAAGAUUCCAGCUGGUGUUGCUACGCUUCCGGUACCUGCAGAAGGUGUAAAAAAAGAGAGUAGGCCAAACAAGAAGUCAAAAUGGGAUAAGGUUGAUGGGGAUGUUAAGAACCUUGCUAUUCCUAGUGGACACGACCAUUUAUCAGCAACAGUUUCUGCGGCACUUUUGCCUUCUGCCAAUGUUGGUGCUGGAUAUGCUGCUUUUGCGCAACAAAAGAGAAAAGAGGCUGAAGAGAAGAGAAGUGAUUAUAAGUAGACAGAAGAUGUUAGUGCUGCAAUUUUUUCUCUUCGUUUUCAUUUUGAACCAUCAUGUACCAUUGAGAGUUUUACAGUGACAUAGUUUUGUAAUGUGGAAAAGAAAAAAAAUAUCGAAAUCAAUCCGAGUGAUUCUAGGGGUUAGUUUGGCAAGGUUUUUACCGGCUCCGGCUCCAACUGGCAAUUUAAGCAACACUAUUCACUGAAGC